CUUUUUCGUACUCAAAUGAGAACUGCGAACGUAAGCAGCUUCUAUGGUCUUAGCAAACAAGUUGUCUAUUCAAUGUUCUCAAAAUCUCUGUCUUCCAGUAAAACUAGAAGAGAAGUACACAAACUCAACUCACUGAUCAUCACUUUAGGAUUACACCAAUCUGUGUUGUUCUCUGGCAAGCUCAUAAGCAAGUAUGCCCAACUCAGAUACCCCAUUUCUUCCCUCUCAGUUUUCCACCAAGUUUGGCCCAAACACAAUCCCUAUCUAUGGAACUCAAUCAUCAGAGCACUUAUCCAUAAUGGGCUUCACUCAAAAGCUCUUGACCAUUACAAUGAAAUGCAUGGAAUGAAUGUUCAGCCUGAUAGGUAUACCUUUCCUUCAGUGAUCAAUGCCUGUGCUGGGUUGUGUGAUCUGGAAAUGGGUAUGGUUGUGCAUCACCGUAUUCUGGAGAAGGGUUUCGGCUCAGACUUGUAUAUAUGUAAUGCAUUGAUAGAUAUGUAUGCUAGAUUUGGUGAACUUGGUAAUGCACGCCAUGUGUUCGAUGAAAUGCCUGAAAGAGAUAUUGUGUCGUGGAAUAGUCUGAUUUCGGGGUACGGUUCAAAUGCAUAUUGGGAGGAAGCUUUGGAAAUGUUUCGUAGAUUAAGAAUUGAUGGGUUGUUACCGGAUUGUUUUUCGAUAUCUAGUGUUCUGCCUGCGUGUGGAGGCUUGGUUGAUGUUAAGGAGGGUCGGUUAGUUCAUGCUAUGGUUGAAAAGAUUGGAGUGCAUGCAGAUGUUUUAGUAAGUAAUGGGCUUCUCUCAAUGUACUUCAAAUUUGGUUGGUCUAAAGAUGCUCAUUCUUUUGAUGAGAUGGUAGUUAGGGACUCUGUUAGUUGGAACACUGUGAUUUGUGGGUACUCGCAGUUGGGAUUAUUUGAAGAGGCAAUCAAUUUGUUCAGGGUAAUGAUAAAGGAAUUCACACCUGAUUUGCUAACAAUCACAUCCGUGCUCCGUGCUUGUUCACAUUUACAAGACUUGGAACUUGCAAAAUAUGUUCAUGGCUACAUGAAAAGAAGUGGUUUUGAAUUUGAUACAAUGGCGAACAAUGUACUUAUUGAUACGUAUGCAAAAUGUGGAAGUCUAUUAGCUUCACGGGAAGUAUUUGACUACAUGGAAUGCAGAGAUUCUGUGUCAUGGAAUUCUAUGAUCAAUGGUUACUUUCUUAAUGGUUGUUUUGAUGAAGGGUUAAAUCUUUUUAAGAUGAUGCGGAGUAAUAUGAAACCUGAUUCUGUGAGUUGUGUGACAAUUCUGUCUGUCUAUACUCAAAUCAGACAUGUGGACCAGGGGAAAAUGAUCCACUGUGAUAUAGUGAAGCUGGGAUUUGAUUCAGAUGUUAUUGUCAACAAUGUUCUUGUCGAUUUGUAUGCUAAAUGUGGCAAAAUACAAGAUGCACUAAAAGUAUUUGACAGCAUGACAGCACGUGAUGUUGUAACAUGGAAUAGCAUAAUUUCUGCAUGCACCCAUAAUGAAGACUGUAGUUUAGGUUUUAAAAUGAUUCUUAGAAUGAGAAAUGAGGGAGUGAUGCCUGACACAGCAACAAUGUUAGGCAUCUUACCAGUGUGUUCCUUACUUGCUGCCAAGCAAAAAGGACAAGAGAUCCAUGGCUGCAUUUUCAGGUUAGGAUUUCAUUCAGAUGUUCCAGUUGGGAAUGCACUAAUCGAAAUGUACUCUAGUUGUGGUAGCUUGGAAAGCUCCAUACGAAUAUUUGAGCAAAUGUACAUAAAGGAUGUGGUGACAUGGACUUCGUUGAUCUCUGCAUAUGGGACAUAUGGUGAAGGUGAGAAAGCAUUGAGAGCAUUUGAAGAAAUGGAAGCAGCUGGUGUUCUUCCUGAUCAUCUAGCUUUUCUAGCCGUCAUAUAUGCUUGUAGCCAUUCAGGUUUGGUAGAAGACGGUCUGGCUUACUUUGACCGAAUGAAGAAACACUACAAAGUUGAGCCUAGGAUGGAGCACUAUGCUUGUGUAGUUGACCUUCUAUCCCGCUCUGGGCUAUUAGCUCAAGCUGAGGACUUUAUCCAUACAAUGCCGAUGAAGGCUGAUGCAAGUAUAUGGGGAUCUUUACUUAGUGCUUGCCGAGAAAAUGGAGAAGAAAAGAUAGCUGCACAUGUCUCAGAGCAGAUUGUUCAAUUGAAUUCUUAUGACACGGGGUAUCAUGUUUUGGUGUCGAAUGUAUAUGCAGCUUUAGGGAAGUGGGAUAAAGUGAGAACGAUGAGGAAACACAUGAAAGCUAAAGGACUCACAAAAGAUCCUGGAUUUAGCUGGAUGGAGAUUCAAAAGAAGGGCUGAGGUUGUCUUUUGUAGUUGUAGGUUUGCUGGGCAAGCAAGGGUUUCAUGAUUUGCGAUUCAUCUCACUUCUGAGAAGGAUGAGAAGAAAGACUUUAUAAGAGAGGGAUAGGCUGGCCAUAUCAGAUAGGGCGAGGUUCUGAAAGGUUGAGAUCUGGGCCUGUAAUUGAUGUACCAGCGCCAGCAUUCAUGUGGGUUAGGUCUGAUAUGAUUGGGAACAGUUUUGUGUGUACUUCUAAAAGAGCAGGACCUGUCAUUUUUUUAACAUGCUUUAAAUUUCAAUUGUUGGAUGUUGAAACCGAGUAAGACAUCUGCCAACGACAGGAAGAGGAAGUUAUCAAUGACAGGAUUGCAUUGCAAAACUUUCAGAUUUCGGGUUGGUACGGCUUGGACCAAUAGAUAUGGAAGCUCGCACGUAACAACACACGUCAUGGGUACUUAUCACUUAUGGCUAUGCAGGCCCAGAGCAUGUCGCAACUGGUAAUUCUGCAAUUUCCAAAAAUGCCUUGAUAGCUAUCCGGGUUGGACUUCUUGACGGCGACGGCCAUGCUGAUGCCUGCCUUAGACAGCGCGUACGUGUUCUCGUCCAACAACACAACGCCCCCCCCACCA